GAAGAGGGCGAGCGCCGAGGAGACUUGCCCACUCGGAAGCCGGAUCCCGAGUCGGGCAGGAUGGACCUUCACCAGUCAGGCACUGGUCGCUCUCAAGUGCUUCACAGUGAAGAGGAUAGUUCAGAAUCAUCUGCUAUAGAGCAGCCAUCAGCUUCAAACCCAGCACCACAGAUAAUGCACACAGCUCCUUCAGCACCAGGCCUUGAAACUGACUCUUCUCCUCCACCUUACAGUAGUAUUACUGGGGAAGUACCUACAACUUCAGAUGCAGAAGUUUACAGUGAUUAUCCUGUGCCACCUCCGUACAGCGUUGCUUCCUCUCUUCCUGCAUACGAUGAAGCUGAGAAGGCUAAAGCUGCUGCAAUGGCAGCUGCUGCAGCAGAAACAUCUCAAAGAAUUCAGGAGGAAGAAUGUCCACCAAGGGUUGACUUGAAUGAUGCAGACCAGCUUAGAGUGGGUAAUGAUGGCAUUUUCAUGCUGGCGUUUUUCCUGGCAUUUGUUUUCAACUGGCUUGGAUUUUGUUUAUUCUUCAGUAUAACCAAUACCAUAGCUGGAAGGUAUGGUGCUAUCUGUGGAUUUGGCCUUUCAUUGAUCAAAUGCAUCCUUAUUGUCAGGUUUUCUGAUUACUUUACUGGAUAUUUCAAUGGACAGUAUUGGCUUUGGUGGAUAUUUCUUGUACUUGGACUUCUUUUCUUCAGAGGAUUUGUUAAUUAUCUACAAGUCAGAAAUAUGUCUGAAAGUAUGGCAGCUGCUCAUAGAACAAGGUAUUUCUUCUUCUUAUAGAGAAUGCAGCAACCAGACGUUCCUUUCCUAUACCAACAUGAAAUUUCCAGAUGAUCUGUAAGCCUACAAUAGGAUAGAAGACUACUUACAACAGAAGACAAAUUAGUGAAGAAAAGAUACAGUUUCAAAAUUGAAUGGCAGGAUGGUUUAUUGCCUAAAAGCCAUUUCUGUUCAGUCUCUUAAAUAUUCAUAUUUUAUUUGUUUUGCACAUUUGCAUAUGUGCCCAUUUAAAAGAUUUGCAUAUACUUGAAAGAAACCUUAAAGUUGGCUACAGUAAUGCCCAGUCACACUUGGUUAAUCAGUGUUUGAUAUAAUUGAGGAAUUUGAGUGAUAACAGCCUUCUAGCACAUGAGUGCCACUGACUUUUGACCUGACAUUUAGUAUAGUAAAACUGAAAUUAUUACCAUGUCAGAUGCUUUAGUGUCUGGCUCUUAGAUUCAUCUACUAACUGCAUAUAAAACAUUCUUCGUUAUAAAUAUAUAAAGUCUUUUGAAACCUGCAGU